AUGGUCGACCUGGGCGAGCUGGGAGAACCCCCUGUCAAGGUCCCUAGAGUAGUUGAUGUGAUACCACGCGAGUCGGCAUCUAAGCCUGGGGGGGUCACUGAGGAGGACGAGGAUGCUGUCAGCUUCUCAUCGGAGUGUAGUGUUGAAGAGGAUGACGAUGAUGACUCGAGAGGCGGCAAGAGCGUCGUUGAGCCAGAGGUCCCCCCGGCUAGGGCGGAGGAAUUGGAAAUGUGGGUCGACAUGUGUGAGGCAAGCAACAGGAUACCGAAGGCGUCCCUGAGGUCUAUGGAAGUGAAGAGUGCAGGGCCCUUCAGCUUUCGCCUCCUAGUCUACCCUUGUGGUACUCAAGACGCCCGCCACGGGUCGGACUACGCUCCGUCGGCAUUCGUCGAGAUUGUCCCUCCUGAGAAGCGCGGUCUUAAUUCGGAACCAGGGAGGUACUUCCCGGAUCGCUGGUGUCUGCGUUGUGUGAACUUCUGCAUCAGCAUCAUCAACUUCAAGGCUGAUAGGCAUGGCCGCAUACUCCUCCGUUGCGCUGCGCAAGCCCUGCGCUUGGGCGUGGAAUCACAGGGCAAUAGACCUGAUUAUGAUGGUCCCGUCGUACCCUACCUUGGCCUCGAGAAUCUCGGUGCCACAUGUUAUCUUAAUGGUCUUCUACAAAGCCUGUUUCUCAUACCACAAUUCCGUCGAAUCGUGUAA